AUUGCAUUCCCCACUUUGUUUUUGCCCGGUAAGGUUGUAGUCUGACGGAAAUUUGCCACGUGUGAACAGGAUAUAUCAACACGACGCUACCACCCGUCCCCUCCGUACUCACCUACACUGUAGUGUCUGUGUCCACAACUGUACACCGUUCCUGAGCACGGUGUCUUUGCUCUGGGUUCUACAACCUCUCAUUCUGUCGAAAUGUCUCUUCGUCUGCUCAUCUGGUUCCUAGUACCAGCCACUCUCUAUGCCGCUAAGAACAUAGGGUACUACUCCGCGAUCGUGCGCGUGGAGCACCUUCUGCUGGCCGAGAGGAAAAUGGUGGGUAAGGUCAAACAGCACAUCAGUCAGGGACUCGGGGAGGUGACCGGAGAUCUCAGGAGUUACGUGGACAGCUAUGGCGACGACUGGCUACAUCCGCCUCGCGACCAUGACGACCCCUUACAUUUGGCCCACCAUCCGGUUGGAGCUUACCUUUUGAUCAAGCGACUGAGCCAAGAAAAUGUACAGGACAUCUUUCAACAGGCUCAAAAUCUGAUUGGAAAACCGAACAUCCUGGUCCAGGUGCCGGACCAGGAGGAUCUGGAGAUGUCAGCGUUCGCGCUGGUCCGGCUGCAGGCCAUCUACAACCUGGACAUCCACAGUCUGGCACACGGACAGAUAGUGAUGGCGAUGGCGGUCCCUCAGUCCGCACAACCUCGGCUGGUCGCCAUCUCCUCGCCGGAGCCGUUCCUCGCCCUGGACCUGUGGGACACCAUGUUCCUCGGGAAUGUGGCGAGCGACCAGAAUCACUUCGAGGACGCGAUCCGGUGGUAUUCCUACGCGCUGGGCUCCGCUUACGGACUGAAAGAGAAGGUUGACGCCAUGUCAAAAAUGGCCAGCGCACACGCGAAGCUGAAGCAAUACGACCAAUCUUUGGCUAUAUACCAGGAGGCCUUGCAACUUGACCCUAACAACCAGAUCCUGUACGCGGACUAUGACGACACGCUGCAGCUGGCGGCUGUGGAUGACGGCACGGUGGCGGAGGAGGAUGAUCCCGAGCUGAAGGCGCUCGUGGCGAAGUCCCAGCACCUCUGCCGACUGGACGUCGUCCAGGUUCGAGUCUGUCAUGUUUAUUGGGGUCCGCAAUGUAGCUAG